GAGAGAAGCUAGCAUUACAGGCAGACACAACACAGCCAGGGCAAACUAACAGGUGUAAAAGUGAGCACAGUAAGUGAAUACACAGAGCAGUCAGUGUAGCCUAUAGGUAAAGCAGACAUACAAGUAACCAAGCAGUGUUUUUACAGGCUGGAGGAGUGUCAGGUGAGACGGCAGGCAGCUCUCACUGCCGGCUUUACUUUUGUAGCUGGAGAAGCAUAGAGAGGCACAGAGAAGAUUCUGUUAGGGUGGCCGGUAUCCUCUGCUGCCCCCUCUUUGAGACACACACACACACACACGCUCAGACUGAGGCAACCACUGGGGCAUUCAACCAACUCAGCUUUGCAAGGCCAUUUGAAACAGCAGACCUACUCCAGCACAUCAGACGUGACAUCAUGGCAUACAGGAAAGUGUGUGACGCCCAGGGUGGCCCACUGGUCGGUGAGGGUCUGCACUGCUCUGGAGGUCUGGAUCUUGACUGGGACCUGGACAAGGAGGAGCUGCAGGAGCCAGGACCAAGCAUGGACCGAAUGCAGAUGCAACAUAUAGACUGCCAGAGAUCAGCGUGUUCAGACCCUGGCCCUGAUCCUGACCCCGAGCUGAUGGAACCCAUCCAGCCUUCAGUUUCGGUUUCACCACAUGGUCGGUUUGAACGACUCCAAGAAGAUCCUAACUACAUCUCCCACUUUACCAGGGCUCCUGCUCAUAAAGGUCAAAGACGACUCCACUGCUUCCUGCUCAGGUACUUCCUGGCUGCAGUGGGGCUUUUUGUCCUGGGUCUCCUCAUUGGCUGGUUCACUCACACACAAAGCGUCAAACGUCCUGUGCCCCCAUCCGACAGCUCAGACCUGCUGGAGGAGCUGCUUAAAGGAAUCACAGCCGAAAAGAUAGAUGCUCUUCAGAAGUAA